GAUUUAGGUUUGGGGGGAUGGCUGCCAUUUCUACCACCGAAAAGCCGCAUAUGACGCAGAUCGAUCUGAACACACUUAACCUUCAACAGCUGACUCAACUCAAGAACCAGCUGGACCAGGAACUGACCGUGUUCCAGGAGUCGCUCCAGACCCUCAAAAUGGCAAGGGUUAAGUACAGUGGGUCAAAAGAAGCUCUGGAGCAAUUCAAGCCUGACUGGAACGAAAAACAAAUACUGGUUCCGCUCACCGGGAGCAUGUAUGUCCCUGGGACUAUCAAAGAUGCGGACAAUGUGAUCGUAGAUAUUGGAACCGGAUACUACAUCGAAAACGAUUUGGACAGUGCGAAAAAUUUCUUCAAGCGUCGGGUGGACUUUGUCCAGGAGCAGAUGGAGAAGAUCGAAGUGCUUGGCAUGGAAAAGUCGAAGAUACGAGACGCCAUCCGAGAGGUGAUGGAAAUCAAGUUACUGCAGUUCGAGAAGGAAUUGCAGAAAAAACGGGAGGGCAUUGAAAAGGAAUAAAUUAAGGAAAAAUUGAAUUUAUUCUCGUUCAGUCCAACAGGCACUAUUGAAUAACCAUGCUUUCAUAACUAACCCUAAGAUCUUUAAUUCAAUACAAAGAAUCAAAAAUACUGUAUUAUAACCAAUUGAACAACUUCCCACAUCUUUUAAGAACUUUUUUGGUCAGUAGAAGAAAUUUGUCCAUAGCUACCGGUUUGCUUUUUUCAGGUUUAUGAUAUAGGUGCAUUUAAUCUAAUAAAUUUAUUUAUACCUAUAAA